UGACUCUGCUGUGGCCUUGUGCUGUGUUGUUCGUCACGCGCGUGCUAAAAUUUUAAGUUAUAUUUUUUGUUUUAUGCAUGGUGUCUUAAAAUUAAUUUCGACAUUAAAAUGGAAUCUGUUUUAAACCCAGAAGCUCCAGAAUUUCAAGUUCAUUUGAACACUUUAACCACUGUAUAUCACCAUACGAGCCAUGCACUGGAAGGAUAUGUAGCCGUCAACAAAACAGUUCAAACAUCAAGACGUUAUCCUUCGGCAGCUUCUUAUCGGUUCUAUAAAACUGUGACCGGUUUUAAUGUGGUAACUGACACCUUUUUGAAGAAUGUUUCAUCACAAUCAAAUCAGAUUCUAUCAGCUGAUUCUCAAAAAGUUAAGUUGCAAUGCCAUGACGAAGAAUAUAACACAGGGAAGGUGGUGGAAGCGAAUGACAAUAUGUUGGACCGUCUUGACUUGGAUAUUGAACAAUCCACAGGCAAGACACAAAGCGAUGGUUUUGGCCAGAAAAACGUAUCUGCGUGGAACAACAAGCCUAUAAUAUCGGUAGUUCAGAUUGGUUCGACGACGCUAAUGGGAGCCAAGAACAUACCACGACCACAGCUAAAUUUUAAGGACAUCAUUGAUAACUCUGACACAUUGUGGGUUCCCAAACUGGCGGACAAACCGAACAACAUAGUACCAUUUGUGCUGAAAAUAUUGUACAACGAGAGGGGGGAAGCUGUAGGAUAUGACCAUCCAUACAAAGUGGAGUUGAAGUUAUACAAUCCACCAGCAGAGUUUAUUGAACCGGAUCGGGAAAUGUUGCCUUUCCCUCCUCCUCUCGAGGACACCAACUAUAUGUAUAUAGAAACUGAGGCGGCUAUGGAUGAGUUGGUCCAUCAUUUGGACUCCGUCAACGAAAUAGCUGUGGAUCUCGAACAUCAUUCGUAUAGGUCUUAUCAAGGUUUUACUUGUCUGAUUCAAAUAUCGACAUGUGGCGGUGACUUCAUUAUAGAUGCGCUGGCUGUGCGGGAGCAUAUUCAUAAACUGAACCAUUCAUUCACUGAUCCUAGGAAGUUAAAGAUUUUCCACGGUGCUGAAAUGGAUAUGCUCUGGCUGCAAAGAGACUUUGGCGUGUACGUUGUCGGCAUGUUCGAUACACACCAGGCUGCGCGGGCGCUCAGACUGCCGCGGGGUUCGCUCAAACAUCUGCUCCUCACCUACUGCAACGUUGAUGCUGAUAAAAAGUAUCAGUUAGCUGACUGGCGCAUCAGACCUUUGCCAGAGGAGUUGAUAAAAUACGCGAGAAUGGACACUCACUAUUUGAUCUAUAUUUGGAGGCAGAUGAAGGCGCAACUGCUGGAAAGUGGGAGUGACGAUCCCCACUUGUUACUAUCGGUGUUCGAAGAGAGCAGAGCUAUAAGUGGCGUGACAUACAAGAAAAACGAAUUAACAGACACCAGCCACUUGGAGUUGUAUGUGCGCUCACAGAAGAACUUCAACUCGAGGCAAAUGGCCGCUUUGAGGUUGAUGUAUAAGUGGCGCGACGCCCAAGCUCGCAGCCUCGACGAGAGCACGGGCUAUUUACUGCCGAAUCACAUGCUGAUUACCCUGGCUGAGACGCUGCCGCGUGAGAUGCAGAAUGUCAGCACCUGCUGCCAACCCAUGCCGCCCUUUGUCAGACAGAACCUGAAUACUAUACACAAAAUGAUACUGUCGUGCCGGGAAAUGCCACUGGAGCCUCAGUUAUACGAGAUGCCGUCAAGCAUCAGCACCAUGUUGAACGUCGGCCCCAUGCCGGUCGAAAAUUUACACGAUCUGUCGCAGCUACCAGAGACCAGUGAAGAAAAUAUAAAUUUAGAUCAAGCGUAUCUUAUCAUGGCGAAUGUUGUCCACUUCCAACCGGACAUCCAACUGUUUGACGCUGCAUACGACACCUACAACGAAAACACAGAUUAUAAUAAUACCUGCGGAAACAAUGCUGAGACGAAAUACUUCAUUCCUCCCUACGACCGAUACAGGAAGUAUCGGUCGCUAGCGCAGAUGGAAGAAAUAAAAGAGUACAAAGAGAAGGAGGCUAAAAUCGCGGCGAUCGGCAAAGGAGACGAACUGAUUAAGGCCGAGGUACUCGUGAAGAUGCAGGAGACUAAGACGAUGAUACAAAAGGAACAAAGCGAAACGAAAUCACAGAAGGAAACCAAGAAGAGACCGAUCGAUAAAGUUAAGGCUAAAGUGGAGAAGAAAGCGGUAGUUAACAAACCACAGACAACCAGCAAGCCACAGAUUAAAAAACCAGACGAUAAAAUAGAGAAUGCUAGUAAGCAUAAUAAGAAGAAUGUGAAACAGUUCAAUUAUAAGAAAGUUGAUUAUAAACGGUUUCUGACGGAAACCGAAAAACCUAAAAAGAAGAAGAAUAAGUAAACAUAUAAUAAUCA